AUGAAGCUCUGGACAGCCAUCCCGGCUGCGCUGUCGCUCCUCAGCUUCGCGACGGCAAGCUCCGUUCGCCUUCCUUCGACCUUCAAACCACCUCAAGUAUUCAAGAACGUCAACUUGGUUCAUGUCAUAUCGCUAGAGAAGAUAUAUGUCAAGGAGCAGGUCAACGUCCUGAUUGAGAACAUCGCCAGCACUCCUCAGGAUGAGUACUUCUUCCCGUUCACGGUCGACGAGCUGUCACGGGUUGGUGGGUUCGAGGUGAAGGACCGUAAGAACGACGACGCAGGCCCUUUUACAGUCGAAGCAGUUGAGUUUGACCCGAAAAGCGACCUGCAGUACUACCGGAUACGACUGCCCACCCCGCUCAAAGCUGGAGGUCAGCAGACUUUGGGAAUCACCUACAACAUCCUGAAGGCGCUUAGGCCGCUGCCUGCGCAAGUGGCCCAGGACGGGAGCCAGUUCCUUGCGUACCGCUUCUCUGCGUACUGUCCGUCAGUCUAUGUCACAUCGAAGCAAAAGACAGAAGUCAAGUUCUCUUCGCCUAAUGUCCCCGAUUACACAAAACUUCCCUCUGUCGAUGGCGACAAGCCCAACCCGGCAAAGCAGGGCUCCAAGCUCACCUACGGCCCCUUCGAUGAGAAGCCUGCCGGUGCUUUCGAGCCGGUCCAGGUUAGGUUCGAGUUCACCAAACCCGUGACUCACAUUGCCCGCCUGGAGCGGGAUAUCGAGGUCAGCCACUGGGGCGGUAAUGUUGCUUUCGAGGAGCGUUACACUCUUUUCAACAUGGGCGCCAACCUUAGCUCGCAGUUCAGCCGCGUCAAGUGGGCCACCCAAAGCUACCACAACUCUCCCACACAUGCUCUCAAGGAAAUCAAGUUCCCUCUUCGUGUGGGAAGUUCCGACGUGUACUACUAUGACGUGAUCGGUAAUGUCUCUACCUCGAGAUUCCGCAGCAACAAGCGGGAAGCCCUUCUGGAGGUGAAGCCGCGUUACCCCAUCUUUGGUGGUUGGAGGUUCCCUUUUACCAUCGGAUGGAAUGCGGAUGCCAAGAAUUUUGUGCGCCGUGCUAGCGGAGGUCAAUACGUGCUCAAUGUGCCUUUUCUGGAGGGACCUAAGCAGCCCGAAGGUAUCGAGUACAGCCAGGUUCAGCUGCGACUACUGCUUCCCGAGGGAGCCACCAACGUCAAGUACCACACCAAAAUCCCUUCGUCGUCGAUCACGUCGGUUGAGGUUGGAACGCAAAGGACAUACUUGGAUACAAUCGGAAGGACAUCUUUGGUGAUCACAGCGCACAAUCUCAUCGAUGAGCACCGCGACCGGGAGCUUGUAGUAUCCUACGAUUACUCGUUCAAUGCAAGCUUGCGGAAGCCCUUGGUGAUCUUUACGAGCUUGAUGGGCGUUUUUGCGCUUGUCUGGGCUGCAGGCCAAGUCGAAACCAAGUUUUCUUACAAGAAGUAG